GACACAGCUAUCGCGUUGGCGGAACGCAAGGUCUCCAGCUCCAGUGGAUUUGACAGGAGCCAACAGUUCAACACAACACCACUUUUAGGAAACUAGAAGUUAGGUGUCGGACCUGUAACUUGUAGUAGAAGUUAGACAUAUUCACGUUGAGUUAAAACAUACAACUGUUGAAUAACGACAGUAUUGAUACAUGUGUAGGUAGACGGCGAUAAUGUUGGACCCUGCGGGAGGAUGAUGAAGAAGAGAUUGUGGCGAGUUGUGUCAGCGUGCCUACUUGUGUUAUUACUGUGUUGGCACCCCACUAAAUAUGUUAGCUGCACAGAGAAACCCCCAGAGGCUCAGACCCAGAGUCUGAAGGAAGAUCCUGGCGACAGGUCCCAUCACAAGGGUGUUGUUCAGUUAGAGGAUGGCUGGGGGUCCCAGUAUGUCCAGCACCUAUCUGAAGAGGAGGUGCUGCCAGAGGGAGAGGAGGUGCUGCCAGAGGGAGAGGAGGUGGAGACACAGCAGCAGGGCCUAGCAGAAGAGGAGGGGGCGGGGACUCCAGGCACUGAGGUGGAGAACAAGGAGCAUGUACAGACGUUGGACCUGGACGAUUCUGAGAAGGAGCCAGAGACAGCAGAACCAGAGGCCGAGCCAGAGACAGCAGAACCAGAGGCCGAGCCAGAGACAGCAGAACCAGAGGCCGAGCCAGAGACAGCAGAACCAGAGGCCGAGCCAGAGACAGCAGAACCAGUGGGCGAGCAGCCACCUCCAGAGGCUGUUGUCACCCAAGAGCUGCAGCCAACCCCCACCUCUGACCUAUUCCCUCCAUCCUCUGCCCCUGCCCUCAACCCCGUCACUGAAGACCCCUCCAUGCCCCAUGGCUCAUCCUCUAGUGUACCAGAGGAUACUUUGUCUGAUGUCUCUGUAUUGGAAUUCAGCGAUACUGAUCUUGCCACAGACGACUGUGAAGCUGGAGAAACCAACCCCUUUGAUGAAUCCUGGACCUGCGUGAGUAGCGGGUCCAAGAUCCAGGACCAGAGUCCCAGUCUUCCUGUUGUCCUGGAGAAACUUAACAAUGCUCGAGGAAAGGGCACCAAGACCGACAUAGACCCCCAGACACGUCAGGCCUCAGCGGUACUGGCUCAGGUGGCCAACACCUCCCGCAUGCUCAAAGAACCGGUAGAGGGCUUCGCCACGGAGAAGGAUCCUAAUGUGGCAACCAAGGAUGCGGAGGACAUCCCCACCUUUGACGAGUGGAAGAAGAAAAUUAUGGAGGUGGAGAAGGAGAAGACUCUGGCCACUCACAUCUCCACCAGCGGUGGCUCUCACGCUGUAAAGAAGGUGCAGAAGAACUUCAACAACUAUGCCUCGGUGGAGUGUGGGGCCAAGAUCCUGGGCUCUAACCCAGAGGCCAAGAGUACUUCAGCCAUAUUAAUGGAGAGCAUGGAUCAUUACAUGUUAAACCCCUGCAGCAACAAGAUCUGGUUCAUCAUCGAGCUGUGCGAUCCCAUCCAGGUGAAGCAGUUGGACAUUGCUAACUUUGAGCUCUUCUCCUCCACACCCAAAGACUUCCUGGUCUCCAUCAGUGACAGGUACCCGACCAACAAGUGGGUGAAGCUGGGCACUUUUCAUGCUCGGGAGGAGCGCACUGUUCAGAGUUUCCCUCUAGACGAGCAUCUGUACGCCAAAUAUGUCAAGAUGUUCACCAAGUACAUAAAGGUGGAGCUGGUCUCUCACCAUGGAUCUGAACACUUCUGCCCACUCAGUCUCAUAAGGGUUUUUGGAACGAGUAUGGUGGAGGAGUAUGAGGAGAUCGCUGACCCCCUGGACAGACCAGACGACCAGGAUGACGACCUCGGGAUGGAACAGCUGAACAAAGACAUUUCCACCAGUGAUUAUCCUCUUGGAUACGCUCCUGCAGAGGACAAGGCUUCAAAUGACCUCAUAGGAUCAGCCAAGGACGUCAUUCUGAACAUGGUGAACAACAUUAAAGUCAACGUGCUGGGGGGAGGACCAGGUGAAGGGAACUUCUCAGGCCAGACAGUGAACCUGACUGUCGUUACAUCAUCUGACCCUGACACCACCACCACCCUCAUCCCAGUGCCUGACGCUGUAGAGGUGGAGCAGCCUGAAGUACUAGAGGACCCUGAUGUCACUACCACAGGGGAACCCAAACCAGAGCAUGUAACUGAAGAGGAGCAGGUAUUCUCUCCUAUAGAGGAGAAGGAGAAGGUCCAGUCUAUAGUCACCAUGCUGGAGGAGGAAGAGGAUGGGAGGGAGAGAGAGGAGCACCGUUGCCCUGGCCAUCGACAGCAAGAAAGCCUUGACUACUGUGGCCUAUCUUCCUCCUCUUCUUGGUCCUGCUCAGCCUCCCUCCAGGAGUACCUCGUUCACCAGUGUUCCUUUCAGAGGAACUAUACCAGCCAGGAGAGGAAACCAGAGGCUACUCCAGCUCCAGUCACCCCCACCACCCCGUCACAGCAGCUGCCCAUCUCCCCCACGCCCAUCCAGACACCCCAGCAGCCACACACUCAGGAGGAACAACCCCAGGAGAGGGAGCCAAGCUCUGCCCAUGGGGGGAGAGAAGCCAGGCCCAAUGACACCCCACCACACCUUCCAUGGGUUGAGACUGAGGCAGUGGGAGAGGUAGAGCCCAGUAUGGAGCUGCCCCACCUAGAGCCCAGCCAGACCUCCACCCUGCCCAGACCCAGCUCCACCGACACCUCCAGCUCUGCCGCCAGGCCCACCCCUGCCGUGGAGCCUCCACUCCACACUUCAUCCAAAGACCUGCCUGGGCAGAAGCACCCGAUCACUGGGGCAGAGAAAAGCCAGGAGGUGCAGCAGGAGGAUAUCAGGCAGCCUCCCACUGUCGCCACCUCCAGCUCCAGUGGAGCUGUGGAGCAGAGCUGGGGAACCCCUGUAGAGGAGAGUCCCUGUCCGGAAGUCCAGCCUGUAGAUCAAGACAACAUCCCGGUCAUCCACCAACCACAUGUGGCUGAUCCACUCCCCCCACCCCUCCUCACUACCUCCACCCCCACAGAGCAGCAGCAGCCUCUGGGAUCCCCACCUAAACCAGCGGGUGCCGGCGGCGGCAACACUACUCCUGAGGAGCAGAGCUCUGUCCCCGUCGUGGUCAUGACGGAGCCCCCCUCGCACGGCCAGGCCGUGGCCACGGAAACCAAGGGGGAGGGGGAGCUUGUGGAGGACAUCCUCUUCACCCCGUCACCCAAUGGCAACGGGCAGCAGCUGCCUCGCCCCACCUCCUUCCAGCCCCCCUCUCCUUCCCCUUUAGACUUCUAUGCAGAGCUCCACAACGCCACGGAGCAGGGGAACGGGAACCCGAUGCACGGCUCCACCAGCCAGAAGGAGUCUGUGUUCAUGAGGCUCAACAACCGCAUCAAGGCCCUGGAGAUGAACAUGUCGCUGAGCGGACGUUAUCUAGAGCAACUCAGCCAGAGGUACCGAAGGCAGAUGGAAGAGAUGCAGAGGGCUUUCAACCAAACCAUCAUCAAACUGCAGAACACAUCCAGGAUGGCAGAGGAGCAGGACCAGAGACAGACAGAGUUCAUCCAUUCGUUGCAGGGCCAGCUGGAGGACGUCACACAGCUGGUGCUCAACCUGUCUGUCAGAGUCAGCCAGCUGCAGAGCCAGGUGUCAGACAGGCAGAGCUACCUCCUGCUGUGCCUGGUGUUGUGUUUGAUCCUGGGCCUGCUGCUGUGUGUCCAGCACUGUCGCAUGACUGCCAUGCAGCCUCCCUCCACAGACCCUCCUAUAACCUACAGCUACUGCUCCCCAGAGAGGCGUUUCUCUGAAUAUGAAGACAUGAGCUUGAAGAGACGAGCCUCAUAUCCUCUCCUGCUCUCUGAUUCCUUUCAGUUACCUACCACUGAAGGUGCAGAGUCACUGCAAACUGUUGAACCAAUUAAUUUUCCACCAGCUAAUAAAAAGAAACGCAGUAAGAUGAAGACCGUGGAGACCCUGAAGUGCACUGCUUUCUGUGCUCCUUUGCUUGCUAACCGAGCGCCCAUAUAUAACGGCCGUGGCACCAUGGACCCUCUACCCCGCACGGGGCAUCUGAGCCACCCUGCCUUCAGGGACCCCCCCUCUGAGGGCAGCUCCGAGGGCUCCUCCCAGUCGGACGAGCCCUCCUUCUGCGGCCUCGCUUCUGCCUCCUGCACACGCCUCUGUGACGGCCUGCCCCUGCCCAGGAGCAGGGCAGAGAAGCAGGCGUUCAAGCCUGGGCGCGUGGAUCUCCUGCAGGCCCCACGGAGAGACGGGAGUGACGCUACACCCACCAUCCUAAACCUGCAGGACCUCAUUGGGGGGGAAAAAGAGCUAGCUGCAGGGAGGCUGGGAGUGAUGGCGCUCUGAGGUCCUGUCUGACACAGACUGCUCCUCCUUCAGACUCUGGAACACUCAUCCUCUGAAAGGAGGGUUGUUGUUAUCUCUGUAUACAUAGGAGGCUUUAAACUAGGACGCAAAUGAGACAAUCCCUCUUCUUCCACCUCCUAACCAGCAUGUUAUGUUCUGUCCAUGUUUUCUGUCAAACCUUUUGUCAGGCUCUUUUGUUAUGAGGUUAAUAAUGGCAACCUUAAAAGAUAAGUUCACUUUUUUUUAACCAAAUCUGUAUUUUGGAUGUAAAUGGCAUGUUCUAGAAUAAAACAUGAACAAAAGCUCAAAAAUCACCUAAAUACGUCAUUUUAGACACACAACUUGUGAAAUUGUCUUUCCGAACUUUAUCUGCAGUGUUAUAUUUCAUUUUGUGUGACUCAAGCAGUUUCCCCUAUCCAUCUGUGCUUAUUUUCCGUGUAGCCUGAGCAUGCGCACCCAGAAAAGUAUAAUGGGCUACACAGAGAAGUAUCGCUCGAGUCGCACAAUAUGAAAUAUGUUGCCAAUAAAGUUUGAAGUGACAAAAUGUAAUGUGUACAACAUCUAAAGACCUGCAUCACUAUAGUGAGAGCAUUGCCAUUUCUAAAAGGAUGUAUUUGGGUGACUUUAGAGCUUUUGUUUUGCUUUAUCCACACCCUGGCACUGCAGAAUGAACAGGAGGAAGUCUAUCUCUGGUUGGGGUAAGUUUAUCAAAAACAAGUGAAAUCGGAAAAAUGUCUGGGCACUUUUAUAACAUCCCAUUUACAUUCAAAAUACAGAUUCUCCUUUAAAGGUGCACAAUGUAACAAUCAAAACUACAAAUAAUAGCCAAUGUCAAUGAUGGGCUAAAGGAAUACAAUUCCAUAAGAGGAAAAUCUAAGUUAGAAUUUGCUUUUACCAGUGAGUUGCUGGUCUAGCCAUGUUCAGUUCAUAGAAACAGCAGGUUCUUCCUGUUUCAAGAUUGGUUCUCAUUUUCUGAAGUUGAAAACAUUUUAUUAUAUUAGGGAUAAAUGGGCCCUAUCUAAGCUAUUUGACCACAGUAAAAGUCCAGCAACACCUGCUAUGACCUAGCUUUUUGUUAAAACUUGUUUUGUAAUUUAUGGACUAGUGGGUAGAUUGUACCACGGUUGGACACCUGAAAUGUCACUUAAAUAUAAAUCGUUAAUAUAUUUAUCAUAUGAAUAAAUGCAGGUUGAGACUUUUCUACUAUUA